AUGUAUGGCGAAAUGCGUACGUUUCCGAGACGCACCAGCUGGAACCCGCCAGUAAGCCGUUUGGAUCUGUCGGCGGAAGUGCGUAUCCACAUAUCAAAUCUGCCGCUGAAUGUUGAUUCAACCGAUAUCGUGGAAAUGUUUGAACACUAUACACUUAAGGCGGCCACAGUCAAUUAUAAUGAAGAGGGGGAGCCAACCGGGACAGCGGAUGUGGUGACAGACCGAGCUACUGCUCGUGAAAUUAUGUCGAAUUUUGAUGGCGCUGCUCUGGAUGGGCAGUUAUUGAACUUCUAUUUGAUUGAUGAUACGUCGAAGAAGCCCAGUGAUGCCCCCAAAAGAAGGCGCAUUUACGACCGUGUAGAGUUCCCAGAUCGACCACGGGGCAUAUAUAAGAAGAGAUAUCCUUAUCGCCGGGGCUACAAGCGCGGUAGCAGGAUGCGUCGCUCCUCGGAUCAUUUUACUGAAGAAGAGCUCGAUCGGGAGAUCGAUAAAUAUAUGAAGAGUGCGAAGAAGAAGGAGGACGGAGAACCAGAGGAAGGCGAACCAAUGUCUGUGGACACCACCUAA